GAAAGAGCUGCUGGUCUCAAGGGAGGGGGUUCAGAGAGGCUUGUCCAGAAUGCUUCAGGUGGUCUUUAGCAAGGAGGUGAGCAGACAGGAAAGCAUCCACUGAAGGAAGAUGAUGCAUCUGGAGGGGAGAGAUGCUGUAGUGAGACACCUUCGGGCAAAGUUCCAACAGAACAGGAAAGAACCUCCCGAAGUGGGUGGCUGGCCAGAAGGUCACCCUGCAGCCUCUCAUGGACCAGAGCCAGGACCGACCCCUGCCAUGGCUUCCAAGGGUGAUCUUCCUCAGGAGCCCCCCUGGAGCAGGAGGGUGGACUGUAGCAGGGUGUCUCCAUCUCACAGUACAGGUCAGAGUUUGGGACAGCAUUCACCUCAUUCUGCUUGUGAGACCCUGGCACAAAUGGCAUGUUGGAAGAAGGGGACAGUUCAAGAUGCCAGCUUCCACCCGGUGCCUGCAAAGCCAGGAGGAGAUGUGUUGAACAAGAAGGUGGAAGCCAGCUGUGAUCCUUCCUACAGGAAGCCAGCCCAGCAGGCACGGCCACCUGCCAAAGACAAGGGGGCUCCAGCGGUUGUUGCCAAAGGCGCAGCUGUUGCAGACCCCAUGCUCACUGUGGGAAGCCCCCAAAGGACAGAGCACCCAGCUCUGCCCUGGAGGAAGCCUUUGCCACAUGUCAGGGCACUGGGAGUGAAGCCAGGCAAGCCCCGGCGCCCUCCUGAUGUGGAUUUGGCAAAGUUCAGAGCAGCUGCACAUCCUGGGACAUCCAUCUGUCGGGCCACUGAACCACCAAGGCGUGCUCAGCUGGAUCACCUUCAACCAGGCUGUGCUGCAUCAGUGCCCACACGGUUCCCACUGCAGGAUGCUCCAAGUGGCAAGGGGGAUGAAGAUGAGAUAUAUGAUGAUGUUGAGGCUGUUGGGCUGGCCAGGAGAAGCCCAGGCCUUCUGCUGCCUUCUGUGUCCCAGCUGCCAGUGUAUCCCUGCCCCAGAGGAGGUGGAAAUGCUGGCCAAGCCUCUAACAGGGUUACCUUACUGGCAGCUACACAGAGUGACUGCAGAGAUUCCCAGGUCUCCCAGAAGAUGAACACCAUGACACUCAAGGCAUGCAAGAAGGAAGAGAAGAUGGACAGGAAGUUUCAGAAGAAAUUCAAGUUUGAAGGCAGCAUCAACAUCCUCACUCAGAUGAUGGUUGAUCCUGCAGCAACAGAGAAGAGGGGCGGAGCGAAGAACUUGUCACUGAGACGGGGAGAAAUCCUUGAUGUUAUUCAGUUUACAAACCAGGAGCAAAUCCUCUGCCGGAACAGCCAGAGGAGGUAUGGCUAUGUGCCCAGGGCUGUGAUGCUGCCUCUAGACACUGACAUCUAUGACGACGUUGAGAUUAAUGGCUGAGCCAACCACGCUAAGGCCAAAGGCACAAGACAACACCACAGAGACCUCCCCAAGAGCUGGAACAUGAACAGCACCUGACACCAGGCUCAUUUUAUGAAGGAGCUCUGCUUCCUCUGAGACAGACUGCAAACCCACCUUGUCCCUGCCAGAACAGUGGCAUGGCUGCUCAGCACAUGGGGCUGCACAGAUCCUGUCCCACAGGGCAGGGGGCCCCAGAUCCUCAAGUCACACAUUCACUGUAGCUCUGUUUUGACUGUGGAAAAUAUGCAAUGGUUCAAAAAGGGUUUCAUGGCCUUUUUUUUUUUUUUUUUUUUUUUUUUUUUUUUUUUUUGGUGGGGAGAGAGGGGUAAGAUCAAACCCAUAAAGGUUUCACUAUUUUCCCAUUCCUAGAGCAUGUGCAGCCUGGGACCCAUCUGCCCUUUCAUUCUGCACCACACUCUGGCCCCAGUAACACUCCUGGCCUGAACCGGAGGCAAACUAUAGCAUUAAAUGGGGUCAUGGUUGGAGACAGAGACAUGACCCUCUUGAGAUUCAUGUGACAAAAGCUUUUUUUAUUGUUCUGAACCCUCCUUAAAUAGAGGAGUUUGAUUCCCUGGCUCAUGACAGUUGGGAGUUCAGACUGCCCAUUUCCCUGGCCAAUGCUACAUCUUCACUUAGGGUUCAAUUAAUUGGCUGAGAUCCUUUGUAUGUAUUCAAAUCCAUCCUAUCAAAGCUCACCUAGGGACCUGUUCACUUCUAAGCUGGUUGAGUUUGGGCCCGCAGCUUUAGGCUAGCUUCAAUGUAACAGCAAACUACACAGAGAAAUACUUUAAAAUAUCAUGAAUUAUGGACCAGCUGCUCCAGCAGCACCUCAUGGCCUUGGGACAGCUUCCCUGGAGAGUUGGCAGAAGGUCAGAUCUCUUGGGGAAGAUAUUUGUGUGGAAAUAUUCAGCAUCAUCCGUUGGUGCCUUGGGAUAAUGUCUGUAGAUGAUAUGGGAAAUUCUCUCAUUCACUGGGAAAGUUUCCUUUUACAGAGCCUGCCUUCAUGAAACCCUCACACAUGGGGCAGAAUUGGGGUGCACUCACAUCUACUGGGGAGCACAGAUAUAGUGCAGGACCCAUAUGCGGUGGCAGAACCCAAAUCCUUUUGGAUAAGGAACAGCAAGAAGUUCUGGGGCUGAG